AUGUCUCGCAUAAAUGCAAGUGUUUUAUGGGAUUAUUUUAAGAAAAUAAGUGACACUAAGAAGGCUUUAUGCACCCUCUGUGGCGAAGAAUAUAGUUUUGCCACCACAACUGGGAAUCUAAAAGCUCAUUUAAAAAAGAAACAUAAGGCCGCUUUCAGUGCAGUGGCAGAGGCUCAAGAGCAGGCGAGAUAUAAUGACAGAGGAAAUCGGAGUGUUAUCUAUGAAUAUGUUGUUGUUCCUAGUCCUACAUCGUCGGUAAACGAGUCAACGACUACCGAAUGUAUAACAAAAGCCAAUUUACAAUCAAGGGAAUCACUAUCAGAAAAACGGUCAAAACUUUCACAAGAGGGGAAAGACACUUCAAAGGAAAACAGAUUAAUUGAAGAAUUGACUGAAGAAAAAAUCCGUAUUGCUAAUUUACAAAAGGAAUUAAUAGAAAAAGAAAUGAAAGAGAAGAAUUUAAAGAUAACUCUGUUACAAGACGAGAUGAAUCACAAAAAGCUUUUAUACGAAUUGGAGAAAUAUGAAAUAGAACACAGAAAACAAGAAAUUAAACAUAAAAAUCAAAUAAACGAUUUGGCUAAACAAGAAAUGUUACUUAAAAUCGAAGUUUUGAAUGCUACUUUAAGUAAUUCUAGAUAA